GUCUUUCCUUGGUGACUCUGGACCCGAAGACAGCGCAUCCAAACCUCGUUCUCUCUGAAGAUCUGCGCUGCGUGAGACACGAUGACACAAAGCAGAUGCUCCCAGAUAAUCCAGAGAGGUUUGAUUCCAGUGUUGCUGUCCUGGGAUCUGAAGGAUUCACUUCAGGGAAACAUUAUUGGGAAGUGGAGGUGGAGAACAAGACCAAAUGGACUUUGGGGGUGGUCAAAGAGUCCAUCAACCGGAAAGGGAACAACACAUUAUCACCCAGGGAUGGAUACUGGCUUAUAAGGCUCAGGAACAGAAAUAAGUUUAAAGCUUUGGAUAUACCUGCGAGAGGUCUGACCCUGAGCAUUAGCCUGUCUAGGAUUGGGGUGUAUCUGGACUAUGAGGGGGGACAGGUGUCCUUUUAUGAUGCUAAUAAGAUGUCCCAUAUCUACACUUUCAUGGACACUUUCACAGAAAAGCUUUACCCGUACUUCUGUCCCUGCUUGAAUGACUCCAAUGAGAACAGCGAACCCCUGAAAAUCUUCUUCAACAUGUAGGAGCAGAUUUGCUGACGGCUCCCCUUGUGAAGCAGGGUUCCCUAGACACUGUAGGUCUGAAACAAGGCUCAUAGAUUUAGUAACCGAUGUUACUAAGAAUGUGUUGAAUAUAGAAGGGUGUGUCCCUUCCAACACACCCAGCAUCACAAAUGCUG